CCUCGAUGCUGAUGCACGCACAUUCCGCUCACGCUGUGAGAGAGUCGUUUUUUUGUUUAAACUUGUUUUGUGUACUGGGGCUGCUGCAUUAUGUAAUGACCUGAAGUAUCUCGGUAUUGUAUUUGGCUGGGAGCGUUAUUUUUCGGCUGGUUUUCUUUUGCUCCGUCGCACCGUAUUCGCAGCAUAGUGGAUGAUUAAAACACUGUUGAAGCAGUGUGUGUUUUGGAACGGUGUUCUAACUGUUCCCCAUGGCCUCCUCCAUUCGGGGCUCCACGGCCCAUCUGGACCGCGUGCACUCCAAGGAUGAGCUGCAGGCGUUGAACACGCGAUUAGCGAAGUAUAUCGACCGGAUCCGCAAUUUGGAAAAUGAGAAUGUGGCGUUGCAGCGUCAGUUGCAGACGGCGGAACACCAUACGGUAACGGAAGUGACCCGUGUAUCGAAGAACUACGACGAUGAACUGGCUAAACUGCGCAAACAGCUGGAAGAUGUGCUGCGCGACAAUGCACGCCUGCAGAUGGAGCGGAACGCGUUCGAAACAGAGAACAAAUCGCUGAGCAGUCGAGCGGCGACGUUGGAGCGUCAGAACGCCGCCCUGGAAGCCAAACUCCGACAGGCCGAGGACACCAUCGCCGACCUCCAGCACCGACUGUCACAAGCACUGGACGCGCGCCAACAGCUGGAGAGCGACAACAAAGACCUCCGCGUGCAAGUCAACACUUUACGCGCCCAAGUACAGCAGCUACAAAAAGACUACGAUAAUGAGCGCGUCCGCGUGGCCGAUCUGGAGAACAAACUGCAGACCAAGGAGGAGGAGUACGAAUUCGAGAAGAACACGCUGCAUGAGACGUUGCGUGAGGAACGCACGCAGCGGCAGUACCUGCUGAACGACCUGCAGAAGGGCCUGCAGGAUGAAUUCGAGUCCAAGCUGGUGCAGCAGCUGCAGGAGUUGCGCAACGAGUACGAGGACAUGAUUAAGAAUGUCCGGGCGGAAGUGGAGGGCCGCUCCGAGAGCCGCAUUCGCGACCUGCUGACCCUGUCGGAUCGCAACGCCGAGACGGCCGCCCGUCUCCAGGAUGAGCUGGAAGAGUGGCGCAAACGCACCACCUCCAUGCAGCCGGAACUGGAUCGUCUCCGCAAAGAGAAUGCCGAUCUGAACCAGCAGCUGAGCACGAUCCAGCGCACCAAGGACGAGCAGAUCCGGCAGCUGCAGUUGCAGCUGCAGAAACUGCAGGAGGAACUGCAGCGUCUGCACGAAGAUCUGGCCGAACUGACGCGGCAGUAUCAGGAUCUGUUGUACGUUAAACUCGCGCUGGACGCCGAACUUGCCACGUACAAUAAACUCCUCACCGGCGAAGAGCAACGAUUGGGCAUGGACGGCAGCGGUUCGAUGCGCCGGCCCCCGACGGCCGCCUCCACGGGGUACGGCCGCGAGACGGCCAUCAAGACGGCCUACACCUCCCGCCCAACCUACACUUACACCCCCAUCGCCGUGACCCCCGUCGGCAGUCAAGGCGCCGGCACCCUGGGCGGCCGCUACACGCCAGUGACACGCCAGCCCUCGCCGUCCACCUCCCUGGGGCGGGAGCGCGACAUCCCCGUCAUCCGCGAGCAGAAGAUCACCGAGACCUUCAAGGCCACCGGCCGGGUCGGUCCGCGGACGGACUGGUGAAAUUUCCCGCCAUUUUUAUUCGAUAUUAUCUUAACGCAGGAAUAAUCUCUCAGGAAGAAUGCAGACCCCGGUGAAUCGCGCAGCUACGGUGUGGGAAUUUAUUUUAGAAUUUUCUUCGUUUUAUUUGUAGUUUUUAUUCGGUGCUUUGGUGAGGGUGUGUUUUAGUUGGAUUUGUUUGUAUAAAAAAAUGAGUUGAUAAAAAAUUGGUUUUAUUGAAUUUUCUGCUCGGUUUUGAAUUUGUUUCCACUGCCUCGUCAUUCUGUGGUUAUUUCUGUUUACGGUUUGAAAUUUUGCCCGGUUUUUAGAAAUUCUUUGCGUAGUUCUUUAAGUGGAAAAGUGGUUCUUUGUUGGUGCGUUGUGAAUGGUGAUGUAAUAAAUGGAAAUAAAAAUCGCAGUUAAAAUUGA